AUGAACCUUGAAGAGUAUUUUGCGAGAAUUGGCUAUAAAGGAUCCCUUGAAAAACAAGAUUUGGAAACCUUAACUGAUAUAUUCCAGCACCACAUCCGUGCUGUUCCCUUUGAAAACCUCAGCAUCCACUGCGGGGAGAAAAUUACUUUGGAGUUGGAGCACGUUUAUAACAAAAUCGUGCGGAGGAAGCGGGGUGGCUGGUGCAUGGAAAACAACCAGCUGUUGAGCUGGGUCCUGAAACUCCUGGGGUACGACGCCAGCUUUCUGGGAGCUUAUGUGUUCAAUCCACAUGAAAACACGUACGCCACCAUCAUGACCCAUCUCCUUGUAAAGGUAGUUAUUGAUGGCAAAGUCUAUAUUGUUGACGGAGGCUUUGGUGUAUCCUAUCAGAUGUGGCAACCGAUGGAGCUCGUGUCGGGGAAAGACCAGCCCCAGGCUCCCGGUGUCUUUCGCUUCACGGAAAAAAAUGCCAUCUGGUACCUUGAAAAAGUGAGACGGAAACAAUAUAUCCCCAAUCAAAAUUUCUCUAGUUCUGAUCUUCUGGAGAAAAAAGAAUGUCGGAAAGUUUAUAUGUUCAGCCUUGAGCCACGGACAGUGGAGGAUUUCAGUUUCCAGUGCACGUACCUUCAGACCUCUCCAGAUUCCCUCUUUACAAAGAAGUCCAUUUGCGCUCUCCAGACCACCGAUGGCUUCCGAGCGCUAAUUGGAUGGACACUCACUGAAACCACGUACAACUACAAGGAAAAUAUGGAUCUUGUGGAAUUCAUAACUCUUGAAGAUGAAGAGGUGGAAAAAACGCUCAAAGAUAAAUUCAACAUAACCCUAGAUAGGAAACUUGUUCCAAUUAAUGUCAAAGGAUCUUACACAAUCUAG